AUGAGCCCAAAUGCUGCUCGUUCUGUUUCUGCCUUCACUUUUCACCCUAGUUUUGUUUAUGCUUUUAACUCUGUGUUGGGCAAACGUCCUUUUUGGCAAAAUCUGAUGGAUUUCAACAGCCUUUGCUCUAGUUUGUGGAUUUUCAUAGGGGAUUUGAACUGUGUGCUUAGAGCUAAGGAGAAGAUUAAUGGCGCAAAUAUCACCCCGUAUGAAACCAAAGACCUUUUUGAUUGCUAUGGGUUAGUGACAACUUAUACGAAUCGGGUUGUUGGGGAGUUUAUUCGAUAUUUUGAGGACUUGUUGGGCUUUUCCAAGUCUUGUGAUCUCAUUGACCUUAAUGUCCUAAGAUCUAGGCCCUGCAUUUCAACGGAUCAGACAGCUUUUCUCUCGAGUAAUAUUUCCUGCGAGGAAAUUAAAUCUACUCUAUUUAGUAUUGGCGAUGAGAAGGCUUCGGGGCUUGAUGGCUACUCUGCAUGUUUCUUUAAGAAGGCCUGGCUUAUUAUGGAUGAGCAGUUCACUGAGGCCAUUCAUGAAUUUUUCUCUUCGGGCUUCCUCCUUAAACAACUUAAUCACUCAGUCAUUUUUUUUGUGCUGAAGUCCAAGCAUGCCAACACGGUUGGUGAGUUCAGACGUAUAGCUUACUGCAAUGUUGCCUACAAAUCCAUAUCCAAGGUUUUGGCUUCAAGACUUACUGCUGUUUUGCCAUCCAUCAUUGACCAUGCCCAAUUUGCACUUGUCAAAGGCAUGAGUUUAAUGGCAAAUGUGCACUUGGCCCAAGAGCUUCUUUGUAAUUACAAUCACAAGCGAAUAUCUCCGAGAUGCCUUAUUAAAGUUGAUCUUUGCAAAACCUUUGAUAUUUGCAAAGCCUUUGAUUCUUGA